AUGGAGGUGCCCGACACUGCUGGUCUGGAGACGGUUGCCGCGCAAAAGUCCGAAAUAAAGGCCAGAGAAGAGCUGGACCGACCCCUAGAAACCCUGCCGAGCACUACCGACACACGCGGAACAAAGCGUACGGCCACGGACAUGGAGUCCAGCCAUGCCGUGACGAGCGUGGAUGUAGGCGCCGAGGGCUCAGAAGAUGCCGACAUCACGACCGAAGCCCCGACUCUGUCCAAGAACCAACAACGCAAGGAGAAACGCAGAAAGCUUUGGGAGGAGAAGAAGAAAGAGAGGCGUGUCAUUCGCAAGGAGAAGCGUCACGACAGGAAAGACCGUCUGCGACAGGAGAGGGAGGAGGAGAUUGCCGCCGCUGCCGCUGAGGGCCGAGAGCCUGUGUUGCACGACGCCCGCAAGCAAAAGCCAAAAGGCAAGAUCGACAUCCCCGUUACCGUCAUUCUGGACUGCCAGUUCGAGGAGUACAUGAUGGAGAAGGAAUGGACCUCCCUCACCAACCAGGUCACCAGGUGCUACUCCGACAAUCGAAACGCCCAGUUCCCUAUACACAUGUUCAUCAGCUCCUACGGCGGCGAGAUGAAGAAGAGGCACGAAGGUGUGCUGCAGAACCAAUGCAAACAUUGGAAGAAUGUCCACUUUGUCGAAGGCGACUUCAUGGAGGCUGCCGCCGAGGCCAAGGAGCUGAUGCAAGGGCCACGGGGCGGAAGAACAAUUGAGUUGCUUCAACAAAGCUCCCCAGCCGACAGCCUCAAGCUACUGGAGCCGACCAAGAAGAAGAGGUGGAGGGACGCCCCUGUGCCUGCUCCAGAACUAGAAGCCGAAGACGUGGACAAAUCUAUUGUCUACCUGACCGCCGACUCCCCGUAUGUCCUCGAGCGCCUCGAACCCAACACGUGUUACGUCCUUGGCGGUAUCAUCGACAAGAACCGAGAGAAGGGUCUAUGUCACAAAAUCGCAUGCGAAAAGAACGUCAGAACGGCGAGGCUGCCCAUUGGCGAGUACAUGGUGCUGCAGCACCGACAUAUUCUAGCAACGAAUCACGUCAUGGAGAUCAUGCUCAAAUGGCUAGAGACAGGCGAUUGGGGCACUGCCUUUAUGCAGGUCAUUCCUGCUAGAAAGGGCGGAGCGCUCAAGGAGGACGAGGAAAGCCCGGAAGUAGCCUCCGGGGACACACCGCAGGAGACGCCACAGGAUCAGCCGCAAGAUGAUGAUGUUGCGGUUGAGGUCAUUCAGGUGGAAUCAACCAAUCCAGAAGAGCAAGGCCAGCCUGUGAAUGAGGAUGCAGAUGGUGCAGUGGAGGUGGACGGGGAAAACUCAGAAAUGGGCUUGCAGAAGAACUCACUUGGCCAACAACGAUGGUCAGACCCGAGAGAGGACGAUCCCUCAACUAAGACCACCCAGGUCGGCUCCGUAGAGGCAGAAGAUCAGGGAGAGCUCGACACAGGGAACGCAAAGAAUAUGGUCAAAGUGGAAGGAGAAAACUCCGACGAGGGCUUGCAGAAGAACUCGCUGGAUCAGCAGAGAUGGUCCGCCCCGCCACUUGACCAAGAAGAAGAUGAAGCAGCUGCCCUAUAG